AUGUCGAAGAGAUACUCACGCAUCACGAGAAGAACAACGGCCAUUGUUGAAACAUAUCCGAAUGCAAAAAACCAAGAUGUCUUAAGUCGGUUUUAUGUGUGUUUUGAGAAGCUUAGGACCAGAUGGAAAAGCUCUUGUCGUCCUAUCAUCGGGUUAGAUGGAACCUUCUUCAAAGGCAUAGUGAAAGGUUGUUUGUUGACAGCGGUUGGACAUGACCCUAACAAUCAAAUUUAUCCGAUUGCUUGGGCUGUGGUACAAGCUGAGACAGGGGACAAUUGGUUAUGGUUUAUGAAGAACCUAAAGGCUGAUUUGGGGCUUGAAGAUGGCAGUGGAUAUGUCAUCAUUUCAGACAGAUGCAAGGGACUACUUAGUUCUGUUAAAGCCGAGUUGCCAAAGGCAGAGCAUAGGUUUUGCGUGAAGCACAUCUGUGAGAACUUGAAGAAGAACCAUGCCGGGAAAGACUUAUUGAAGAAGUAUGUGUGGAAUGUUGCUUGGAGCUGUACUAUGACUGCAUACCGAAAGAAUCUUCAGAAGCUAAAAGAGUAUGAUGUGUCUCUGUUUGAAGAUGUUUUGAAAAUGGAGCCAAGGAAUUGGACAUUAGCUUUUUUCAAGCUUGGUAGCUUCUGCGACAAGGUGGAAAACAACUCAACAGAAUCUUUCAAUGCAACUAUUACAAAGGCAAGAGGUAAGGCCAUAAUACCAAUGCUUGAGACCAUUAGGAGGCAAGCAAUGGUUCGAAAUGCAAAGAGACAGAAGAAGGCUGAAAGAUGGGAUGGUAGGUGUACAAAGUAUGUCAAAUUGGUCCUCAAGGAGCUGAAGGAACACGCUGACAAAUGCGUGGUCAGUCGUGAGAGUCAUGGGAACUUUGAGGUGGAUCUUUAUGAUGAUAGAUGUCAUGUAGACACGAAAAAUAAGACAUGCUCGUGCUUUAAAUGGCAGAUCUCAGGCAUCCCAUGUGAGCAUGCGUAUGGAGCGAUGUUAGAUGAUGGUUUAGACACAGAUGAUUAUGUCUACGAGUGCUUCUAUACAGGUAAACAGCGAGACUGUUAUAGUGAUAAUGUCAAGCCAAUGAGAGGACCAGGUUUCUGGAUGGCUGGUUCUCAUAGGCUGGUGGUAGCUCCUCCGGAACAAGAUCCUCCAGAGGGAGAGGGAUCUGAAAAAAAGAAAAAGAAGAAGUCCAAAAAAGGCGAAAAAAGAAUCAAGGGUAAGUUUGAGUCACCAAAAAAGAAAAAAAGGCAGGUUCAGAAAACCAAAAGGACUGGUCGAAUUAUGCAUUGCUCCAAGUGUGGUGAAGCUGGUCACAAUGCAGCUAGAUGUAAGAUACACCCAAAGAAGAAACGAAAGAUGACAGAAGAAGCAAGUGACCAGGCCAAUACUUCAUCUCAAGGAGCUGGAAAUGGGGCUUUUCAAGGUCCAGAAACCAUGUCACUCACUCAACCAUCUCAAAUGUCAGACUAA